AGUAAGCUCCUGCAAGCUCACAUCGCCAUAUUAUAGUCCUGCCGAAGCUUCACUUAGUCCUUGUCAAAUGUGUAGAAUGGUCUCGCAGUGAUACGCGCAUCGGAUGUGUCAGUACGAGGAAAGUCCUUUCAGUAUAUCAGUAGUAAAUGACCUGUAUAACCGGGUCGCGGAAAAAUCGGAGUAGAUGAGAGAAAUACGCCAUUUUCAUUUGGACUAUUAUAAGAAGUAGAAAAACAUUUGUUUCUGUCUUUUUGUUGCCUUUGUGAGUUCCUUCGUUAGUCUUUAGUGUACUCCCUAGUGAAAGUCAGUGAUAUCCUGCUUUAACUUUGCAGCUCCAUGUGUUCACGCUUCUGAAGGAAAAUCUCUCGUCUUGCUUUUGUAGGACAUCGACGGGACUGUCUCGGUACAAAAACGCAUGUUGGUCGACGAAAACUUAUAUAUAUAUAUAGGGAAAGCGUUGUAGCCUAGCUUACGUGAAACAAUAAUAGUGGAUACUUGCUAACUGUAAAUACAAUUAAAUGCUAAACUUAAGAGGUCCUGGACAAAUAAUAAAUGCCACGCAAACUAACCCACUGAAAGCGAAGAAUUAAUCUACACUAAAAAGUCCUUUCGUGUCUCUCAACUUUUACAUUUCGAUAUUUUUACGUGACGUGCCGUGCCGUGCCCGCACAAAUUCAUAUGUAAGAUACAAGGAUAUUGCCGUCAAUAAAUAAUACUCAGACAUGUAGGGAAAGUAUCUGCUGCAAAGAGGAACUAAUGUUACAUAACUUACUCCUCGGAAGCCAUCCACAUUACUCAAACAUUUAUCGCGCAAAGUUUCAACUUCACGGAUUUUAUGACCUGCCACAAAAAUUUAUACUUGGAACGUUUUGCCGAUUGAACAAUCCAGGAUCGAACCGAAGCAAAGGACUUGCCGCAUUUGGUGCGGCACGUAAAGCUUGAAAGUGUGUGGGAAAGAAAUGAGUGCAGCAAUUUCGCUAUAUAUGUAUGUAGGAAUAGCAUGUUUGAUAGAGCCAACACGCAACGGAAUAUCAGCUUAAUCAAGCGAAGGCAAAGCAUUGCAGGACACCUGGCCACAUCUUUGUAGGAAAUGAGCAGAAGGAUAAUGCGGUUGCUCCCUCCUUGCCGUCCAUACAGAAGCAGGAAGCAAGCAGAAAGACACUUUCAACAGAAACUCCGAUCAUAAUAGUAAACAAGUGGUUUUCCAUACAUAUUCGCAUUAUAUAACAAAGCCAGGAUAUUUUUUUAGAUGGGAUUCGCCCAACUGGCAUGAUUCCGGUCGGAACUUCUCAGUUUUUGUCGGGAGCCGAGUUUUCCAUAAUCGAAUUUUUCAAGUAUUCCUUUAAUAGAUCCACAGAUUGUGUGACCGGAACAGUAGCGUUUUGAUAGUUCUAUAUCCUUAUUAGUGAAAGUCCUAAGUGUAAAGGUGUUUCAAGUGUGAUGUGAAGAUGACUUCCUGGUGCGAAGUAUGUCUCAAAGUUACCGGAUGAUUAAAACAAACUAAGCACACAGUAGCAAGUUAAAAAGAUACAAACCUACUAGGCCUUUCGGAACGAAUUAGGUGGCCUCUUCACGGGAGAUAUGGGAGACGAGCCUGAAAAUGAGCGAACGCUAAAACAAAAGCUACUUUUCUACACAACUGCAUUCUUCAUCCUGCUCGGUACAUUCUCGCUUUUUGCAUUCCUUUUCCUCGUGCCAUUUGUCAUAGAUCCAGCUUUUACUACAAUUUUUAUGCAAUUCGACGAGAAUCCCGCCUUCUGCUUGACUGUGGAAUCGCUACAUUUGCAUGGCGCCAAAAACUGCUCAUGGGCAUCGUGCAGAGAAGGGUGCACAAAGGACAUCUACCAAUGCACCCAGAUCCGUGUUAAUUAUAAGCUUAACUAUUGGGAUGUAGUGAAGGAAAUGAAUAUGACCCAAAGCAGCACUCCUUCGCCACCUCAAGCGUUGGCAAUUAGGAGCAUGCUUGAUCCAUUCGAGCAAACAUCGGAUGGAAAGACCCCAGACGGUAUAAACGACCACGCUAAGCAUGAUCGUAAUGUCCGCGCGAUACGCGAAUAUGACUAUGCAGACACUCCUGACAUCUUCUCAGAUAAAAAUCCUUUCACCAAUGAAAACGAACCAUUCAUGGAAGUCUCGGACUUGGCCGAAAUGACUGGUCUAAUGGGAAAUGACUCCGAAUGGUACUUCACAGGAGCCCGUUUGUUUCCUAACGUCAAAGGAUGCGGCUACCCUCCUAUGCUAAACUGCACUAUUUGGACCAAAAAAUACGUGAAAGAAGGUUCAAACUUCUCCUGCUACUAUUCAAAAGUCGAUCCAGGACUCGUUAUAAGCGAUUUAGAUAUGUGGCAAAAUACGCUCAAUCUGGUGUACGCCAUGGCUAUUCCGAUUCCUUCGUUCAUUAUAUCUGUUAUAUACUUAACUUUUGCCUAUUUUGUAAUAUACAAUGAAGAUGAAGAGACAGCACCGUUGGAUCAAAAUGCCGAAGGAAUGGCUGGUGAAGAUGAAGAUGGAAGUGGAGCUCCAGCAGAAGGAGAUGAUGCAAAUGCAGAUGAUGAUUGUGAUAUUUGUGUAGAUAUUGUCCUGCCAAAUGGGACAGCUCCUCUUUCAGUUUCUGGAGGACCUCUUACACCGAAUUCAGUAGCAGAUAUAAAUUCGUUCGGUCACCAGUUGAAAGUGAAAAUGGCUGAUGAAAUGUCUAGGGAGAGUUUAGAUGGUGGAAUAAUAUCAAACUCUGGAUCGUUACAGGGGUAA